UGUCAGCCUCAGGUACAUGAUGGCUUCUUCCUCUUCUUCUGCUCCAAUGCUUCCAAGAGGUCAUUGAGUACAAGACAUCUCCCGUUAUACUUCCUACAUGUCAUAACAGCGACGACCCAUAACCACAGCAAUGUCGCAGUCGCAGGACUACGAGCUGACGCCCAGAGAGUCGCCGCGUCAAUCGCUCGACCACCCCGAAGAUUACCGCCUGUCCACCUCAUCGCGCGAUUCCAUCUCGUCGUCGAUCAAUGAACUCGACCCCCUCAAGACACCCAAUCGACCGUACAAGGACGACGUCUCACAAACACACGACUCGGUCUUCGUCACACGCCGUCGUUCGACAUGGCGUCGCUACUUGCUCCCAUCUCGCAUGUGCUGCAUGAUGGUCUUGCUCUUCACAGCUGCUCUAGUACUGCUGUUGAGUGCUGGAGGCAUCUGGGUAUACAAGACCGAGCCCGAAGGCGGUCAGAGUGACCCAUGGUAUCCGGCACCAAGAGGAGGCUCCGUUACUGCAUGGGAAGAGGCGUACAAGAAGGCUGCCGCCCUGGUUGGCCAAAUGUCCGUCGUCGAGAAGGUCAACAUUACCACUGGUACUGGCUGGGAGAUGGGCAUGUGUGUUGGAAACACUGGUCCUGUCGAAAGACUCGGCUUCCCUUCCCUCUGUCUGCAGGACGGUCCAUUGGGUUUGAGAUUCGCCGACAACAUUACCGCCUUCCCUGCAGGCAUCACUCUUGGAUCUACCUGGAACAAGGAGUUGAUUUACCUCAAAGGCCGUGCUCAUGGUCGCGAAGCUCGUGGCAAGGGUGUUCACAUUGCGCUUGGUCCAAGCAUGGGUCCUUUCGGUCGCUUGCCCGCUGGUGGUAGAAACUGGGAAGGCUUUGGUUCGGAUCCCGUCCUGCAAGGCCUCGCCGCUGCCGCCAUGAUCCGCGGUAUUCAAGAGGAGGGCAUUAUUGCUACUGCAAAACACUACAUUGCCAACGAGCAGGAACACUUCCGUCAGAGCUGGGAGUGGGGCACCCCCAAUGCUAUCAGCAGCAACCUUGACGACAGAACUCUGCACGAGAUAUAUGCCUGGCCAUUUGCUGAGAGUGUCAAGGCUGGUGUUGGUAGUGUCAUGUGCUCGUACAACAUGGUCAACCAGUCCUAUGCCUGCCAGAACAGCAAGCUGCUCAAUGGUAUUCUCAAGGACGAAUUGGGCUUCCAAGGUUUCAUCCAGAGCGACUGGCUCGCUCAAAGAAGUGGUGUUGCCUCGGCUCUUGCUGGUCUUGAUAUGAGCAUGCCUGGUGAUGGUCUCCGCUGGAUGGAUGGCCAAUCUGUUUGGGGCGGUGAAUUGACCAAGGCUGUCUUCAAUGGUAGUGUUCCUAUGGAGCGACUCAACGACAUGGUCCUUCGCGUUGUUGCUGCCUGGUACCAGUUCGGUCAGGACGACAAGAAAAAAUGGCCCGCUGAGAAAGAUGGUGGUGGCCCCAACUUCUCUUCCUGGACCAACGAUGAGAUUGGCUUGUUGCACCCUGGAAGCAAUGACACUACUAAGGGUAUUGUCAAUAAGUUCAUUAACGUCCAAGGCGAAGGUGAUGACUCUCACGGCAAGCUCGCUCGCCAGAUUGCUGCCGAGGGUACCGUCCUCUUGAAGAAUGACGACCACGUCCUCCCUCUCAAUCGUGAUGGUAAGAAGUUGACUAAGAAUGGUGACAAGCUUCGUGUCGCCAUCUUCGGCGAAGACGCUUACAACAACGGUAAGGGACCCAAUGCAUGCGCAGACCGUGCUUGCAACGAAGGUACUCUUGCUCAAGGAUGGGGUUCUGGUACUGUCGAGUUCCCUUACCUUGUUGCUCCUGCUGAGGGUAUCCAUCUUGGAUUUGACGUCGAAAGUGUCACUCUUUCCGACUACCCUUCUAACUACGAAGAUCUUGACAAGCAUCCUUCUCGCGCAGCCGACCAAGAUUUGUGUUUUGUCUUUAUCAACUCCGAUGGAGGAGAAGGAUACGUAGCAUGGAAAGACGUCAAGGGUGAUCGUAAUGAUCUCUACGCACAGAAAGGUGGUGAUGAGCUUGUGCAGAAGGUUGCAGCCAAGUGUGGUGGCCCUACUAUCGUUGUUGUCCACGCUGUCGGUCCUGUCAUCCUCGAGAAAUGGAUCGAUCUACCUGGCGUGAAGGCGGUGUUGUACGCAAACCUGCCUGGACAAGAGAGCGGUAACGCCUUGGCCUCCAUCAUUUUCGGAGACAUCAAUCCUUCUGGUCGUCUUCCCUACACAAUCGCUAAGAACGAGGAUGAUUACGGCCCGACAAGCAAGAUUCUCUACCGCCCCAACGCUGUCAUCCCGCAGCAAAACUUCUCUGAAGGUCUGUACGUCGACUACCGUUACUUUGACAAGCAUGACAUCGAGCCACGCUACGAAUUUGGCUUCGGACUCUCAUACACGACUUUCCACCUCAGUAGUCUAUUCAUCCACCCCUUGGCCACCGAAUACUCCACCCUCCCAGCCAAGCGACCCGAAUCCAUCACACCUCCCCACCUAGACGUCUCCAUCCCGGACGCCCGUGAAGCACUCUGGCCUUCCAAUUUCAUCGCUCUCAAGAAAUACAUCUACCCCUACAUCAACUCGGUCGACGACAUCAAAACGGGCAAAUACCCUUAUCCAGUGGGCUACGAAAUCGCACAACCGCUCUCCCAAGCCGGAGGCGCAGAAGGCGGAAAUCCUGACCUUUACACCCCUCUUGCCGUCGUCCAGGCCUCUUUGACAAACACGGGUUCUCUUCCAGGCGACUGUGUCGUUCAGUUGUAUAUUUCCUACCCCUCCACUCCCAUCAUCGAUUCCUUGGGCAACACUGUCGAUUUCCCCGUCCGUGUUUUGAGGGCAUUUGACAAGUUAUUCGUCACUCCUGAAAAGAGAGUAGAGGUUUCUCUGCAGUUGACGAGGAAAGAUCUUAGUUUCUGGGAUGUGGGGUUGCAGAAUUGGGUCUUGCCGAUGGGAGACUUUGAGGUGCAGUUGGGUUUUAGCUCUAGGGAUAUUCAGCAGAAGGGGAAGAUCAGUACCGAGGCACUGUUCUAAGUUUGAUGGAUAUGGGAUAUUUUGGGUUAUGUAGGGGGCGUAUGGUGAGGGCUUGGGAAGUUGGGAUACAUUAUGGGGCGUUUUUUGUAUAUAUAUGAAUACUUGUAUCUUUUUAGUAUAGGAGAUUUGUAUCUUUCGUGGAUCUGAGAAUGGACAAAUUGCUGCAAAGUGCGAGGUUGCCUGUUG